AUGGAUUCCCAAACCCUAUCUUCUUCUUCCUCUUCCCAAUUUCAUGAACCAAAUGACCUACUUAACGGUGUUAACGGUCACGGUUCCGAUUCCGAUGACGGUUUCGUUAGCGGUGAAGACGAAGCUGAGCCUCCCAGGCCCAUUCUUGUUUACGAUGACAAAUCCACCGUUCCACAGAAAGAACAUGAGUCUUUUGAUCAGGAAUCAUCCAGGCCUAUUGCUAAGGUAACCGCUGACGAUGAAGACGAAGCGGAGGAGGAUGAGGAUUCGCAGGGUGUCGGUUUGGAGAAAGGCGGUGGUGAUAAGGAUGUUGAAGAAGUGAAGGAGGAUGAGGUUUUUGUGGAGGCUAAUGAUAAGGGUUUUGAGAGUGUGGAUUCUGAAGGGGGUGAGGUUGUUGGAGAAGGAAUUAAUAACGGUUUAUACGAGAAAGGGGAUGGUGGGACAGCUGAAAUUGAAGCUGUUCGUUCUGAUUCUGUGGUUGUGGAAUCGGUUUCUGGCGAUAAUUCUGGUGUUGGUGUUGUUGAGAAUGGUGAUAGGGUUGUUGAUGAUGCGGAGUUUACCAGUGGUGGAGGAGAUGUUGUUGUUGAUAGCGUUCAAGUUAAUCCUUUGGUGGAUGGAGCUGUUGCUGUUGUUGGGGAUGAAGUGAAAGAUGAGGUUGUGGCUCCUGCUCCUGCUCCUGCUCCUGUUGUGAGUCUUGAUAAUAGUUUUGAAGCUAUUGAGAAGGCUGGCAGUGAAAGUGUUGUUGAUGAGGUUGGUGGUAGUUUUGAAUCUAGUGACAAGGGUGACCAAGUUGUUGUUGGAGCGGAUGUUGAGCCUAGUAAAGUUGUUGACACUGGAGUUGAGGUUGGAGUUGAUGAUAAUGUUACACAUGAGCAACCGGGUGACAUUGUUAUUACUGAGAAGGCUGGUGACGUUGUUGUUGAUGAGAGUGUCGGUGGCAAUACCAAGCCUGAUGAAGUUGUUGACAUUGGAGUUGAUGAUGGUGUUGCACAAAGGCAAUUGAGCGGCAUUGCUCCGGCUGAGGAGGGUGAAGAAAUUUCAGAAGUUGUGAGUUGGAGUUUGGAGGCUGAAAAAGAUGAGAUAAACAUAGAGAGUCGUGCUGUUGAGGGAGAAGUUGGGAGCAAUGUUGUUGAGGUGGAUGGUGGGAGCCAUGUUGAUAAUCUUGUUGAAAAGGAAACGGAAAGCAAUGUUGAUCAUGUUGUUGAGGUGGAAGGUGGGAGCCACACUGAUAAUGUUGUUGAAAAGGAAGCGGAAAGCAAUGUUGAUCACGUUGUUGAGGUUGAAGAUGAGACCUGUCUGGAUAAUGCUGCUGUGGGAGAAGCCGGGAGCAAUUUUGAUCGUGUUGUCGAGGUUGAAGAUGAAACCCAUUUUGAUAACGCUGCUAAGGGGGAAGCCAAGAGCAAUGUUGUCGAGGUUGAAGAUGAAACGCAUUUUGAUAAUGCUGCUAAGGUGGAAGCCGAGAGCAAUCUUGUCGAGGUUGAAGAUGAAACCCAUUUUGAUAAUGCUGCUAAGGUGGAAGCCGAGAGCAAUCUUGUCGAGGUUGAAGAUGAAACCCAUUUUGAUAAUGCUGCUAAGGUGGAAGCUGAGAGCAAUGUUGUCGAGGUUGAAGAUGACACCCAUUUUGAUAAUGCUGUUGAGGAGGAAGCCGAUAACAAUGUUGAUCGUGUGAUUGAGGUGGAUGAUGGUAGCCAUGUUGAGGCUGCUGUUGAUCAUCAUAUUGACAGAGAGAUUGAUGAAUCAAUGAUCUUUGGAGGCUCUGAUUCUGCCAAUAAAUACCUGGAAGACUUGGAGAAGCAAAUUAGGGCCAGUGAGAGUUCACAGGGUGACAGAAUUGAUGGCCAGAUUGUUAGCGACUCAGAUGAAGAAGAUGUAUCUGACGAUGAAGAAGGUAGCAAAGAGCUCUUUGAUUCUGCUACUUUGAAUGCUCUCUUGAAAGCAGCAUCUGAAGCGGGGGGAGCAGAUGGUGGUGGCAUCACCUUAACUGCUCAAGAUGGAUCUAGGCUUUUCUCUGUCGAGCGUCCUGCUGGUUUGGGACCAUCUCUCCAGACAGGUAAACCUGCAGUGCGUUCAAUUCGGCCCAAUCUUUUUGCUCCUUCCAUGAGUAGAGCAGGUACUGUUGUUUCUGAUACCGAUUUGAGUGAAGAAGAUAAGAAGAAGCUGGAGAAAUUGCAGGAAAUUAGGAUAAAAUUCCUAAGAAUGAUUCAGAGACUAGGUUUUACUACUGAAGAAUCAAUAGCAGCACAGGUGUUGUAUCGUUUGACACUUGUUGCAGGGAGACAAACUGGUGAAAUCUUUAGCCUAGAUGCUGCAAUGGAGAGUGCUUACCGGCUUGAAGCCGAGGAAAGAGACAAUUUAGCAUUUUCUUUAAAUAUAUUGGUUCUUGGGAAAACUGGUGUGGGAAAGAGUGCUACAAUUAAUUCAAUUUUCGGAGAAACCAAAACCAGCUUCAGUGCAUAUGGUCCUGCUACUACUUCUGUAACAGAAAUUGUUGGAAUGGUUGAUGGAGUGACAAUAAGGGUCUUUGACACACCAGGUUUGAAAUCUUCUGCUUUUGAGCAAAGUUACAACAGAAAAGUUUUGUCUACGGUGAAGAAAUUGACCAAAAAAUCCCCCCCUGAUAUUGUUCUGUAUGUGGACCGCCUCGACCUGCAAACUAGAGAUAUGAAUGAUUUGCCCAUGUUGAGAUCAGUUACUAGUGCCCUCGGUUCAACAAUAUGGCGUAAUGUGAUUGUUACUCUGACUCAUGCUGCCUCUGCUCCUCCAGAUGGGCCAUCAGGUUCCCCACUAAGUUAUGAUGUAUUUGUUGCUCAAAGAUCUCAUAUUGUUCAACAAACCAUUGGACAGGCUGUUGGCGACCUGCGUCUUAUGAAUCCAAAUUUGAUGAAUCCAGUUUCACUUGUUGAAAACCAUCCUUCUUGUCGAAAAAAUAGAGAUGGCCAGAAGGUGCUUCCUAAUGGUCAAAGUUGGAGACCUCUGUUAUUGCUUUUAUGUUACUCAAUGAAGAUUCUCUCUGAGGCUACUAACAUUUCAAAGACUCAGGAAGCAGCUGAUAGCCGCAGGCUGUUUGGUUUUAGAAGCCGCGCCCCACCACUUCCAUACUUGCUGUCUUGGUUGUUGCAGUCACGCGCCCACCCCAAACUCCCUGAUCAAGGUGGGAUUGAUAAUGGUGAUUCUGAUAUUGAAAUGGCUGAUUUAUCUGAUUCUGAUGGAGAGGAAGGUGAAGAUGAAUAUGACCAGCUCCCACCAUUUAAACCUCUAAAGAAGUCGCAGAUUGCUAAGCUUAAUGGAGAGCAGAAAAAGGCAUAUCUUGAGGAAUAUGAUUACCGGGUGAAACUUUUGCAGAAGAAGCAAUGGAGAGAGGAGUUGAAAAGGAUGAGAGACAUGAAGAAAAAAGGAGGUAAAAACGUUGAAAAUGACUACAUGGAGGAAGAUGAAGAGAAUGGAAGUCCAGCUGCUGUGCCAGUUCCACUGCCUGAUAUGGUGUUGCCACAGUCCUUUGAUAGCGACAGUCCAGCCUAUAGAUACCGUUUCUUAGAACCGAAUUCUCAGUUGCUGACAAGGCCGGUCUUAGACACUCAUAGUUGGGACCACGAUUGUGGUUACGAUGGUGUUAACAUUGAAAACAGCAUGGGCAUUAUCAACAAGUUCCCAGCAGCAGUUACUGUUCAAGUAACAAAAGACAAGCAAGAUUUCAGCAUUCACUUGGAUUCAUCGGUUGCUGCUAAACAUGGAGAAAAUGGUUCAACCAUGGCAGGCUUUGACAUUCAGAACAUUGGAAAGCAGCUGGCGUACAUUGUUAGAGGUGAGACCAAGUUCAAGAAUUUCAAAAGAAAUAAAACUGCUGCUGGGGUGUCUGUGACAUUUUUGGGUGAAAAUGUGUCCACCGGUGUGAAACUUGAAGAUCAAAUAGCACUGGGGAAACGAUUGGUAUUAGUGGGGAGCACAGGGACCGUGCGGUCUCAAAAUGAUUCUGCUUAUGGUGCCAAUGUUGAAGUGAGGCUUAGAGAGGCAGAUUUUCCAGUUGGUCAAGAUCAGUCUUCUUUGAGUCUUUCUCUGGUGCAGUGGAGAGGUGAUUUAGCCUUGGGAGCCAAUUUUCAGUCACAGAUUUCUCUUGGACGAAGCUAUAAGAUGGCGGUUCGUGCUGGAUUGAACAACAAGCUUAGCGGGCAGAUCACUGUGAGGACAAGUAGUUCUGACCAACUUCAGAUUGCCCUUAUUGCUAUUCUUCCAGUUGCCAAGGCUAUCUACAAGAACUUCUGGCCUGGUGUUACUGAAAACUAUUCCAUCUAUUAA